AUGUCGAUGUAUGAAAUUAAUAAUAAUACACAAACAUCAUCAAAUAUAUUUACUAGUCCGACAUUACUAUGGUGUUUAAUAAUGCCUUUAAUACAUUUCUUAAGUUUAAUAUCAAAUAUACUUUGUAUUAUUGUAUUUUGUUCGAAAACAUUUAUACAUAAACCUAUUGCUAUUUAUUUUAUUUGUUUAUUAAUAAGUGAUUCAACAACAUUAUUAAUUGGUUAUACUGAAAUGAUUGAUCGUGAAUCAACAAUGACUGAUAAAUCAUCAACAUUAUGUAUGUUUAAUGGAAAGAUAAUUCAUGGUGUAACUGAAAUUAUUUAUACAUUUAUGGGUAAAUUUUGUCUUGAAUGGAUGCUUUAUAAAGUUUUAUGGACACGUGCAUCAACAAUUUUACUUGCAAUAUUAAGUAUACAACGUUCUCGAACAUUCUUCUCUUUAUCAUAUCAUGAAUCACGAUUUUGUGCUUUACUUGCAUGUUUAAUGAGUAUACUUAUUGCUUCAUUGAUAACUUGUUUCGAAUGGAUUAGUGUACAAUGUAAUAAAUCAACCGAUUCCGAUGUUUAUAUAGAAAUAUUUCAAUCAAUAAUGAAUACAAAAUUUUCAAAAGAAUUUUAUUCAAAUUAUCUAAAUAAUCAUUAUAAUGAAUCAAUAGAUAAAUAUUAUUGUCUUAUUCAAUCAUUAGAUAUCAAUCCAUAUAAUACUACAAUAUUAACAUUUAAUGAGUAUAAUUGUUCAACAACAGAAGUUUUAUCAGAAUUUCAUUCAUUAACUCAAUCAUUUCUUUCCAGUCGUAAUACAAGAGUAACUGACAGCAUCAGUAAUAUAUUAACAAAUAUAUAUGAUGAUAAUUACUAUUUAACAAACACUUCUGUUUUAACUCAACAUCUUGUACAAGCUAGAACACCUGAUUUAAUAAUCAAAUUAUUUGAAAAACGUUCAUGUCAUAUAACAAUGGCAUAUUCAAUUUGUUUGAAAUUAUUUGAUUUUCUUCAUUCAAUAUCAUUUGGUUUGAAUCGUCAUACAUUAGCAAUAUUUCUUGGUAAUGCAUUACCAUCAUUUAUUGUUUUUCUUGCCAAUGUUUUAUCAUUAAAAGUGAUUUAUUUUUCCAAAAGUUUAAAAUAUUUAAAACAAAAAUCACAAAAAAAUCGUCGUAAACGUCGUAUACAAAAUGAUUUACGUGCAUUUCUUGUUAUAUUAAUUGAAAGUUUUUCUGUUAUUACAAUAUCAUGGGGUAUACCAAUACUAUUAACAAUGUAUUAUUGUCAAACAUUAUAUGUUGUUGCAAUAACAGAAUGUCCUGAAAUAAAAAAAUCCUUAGUUUAUUUUCUUUUUCCUGAUUUAUUUAAUUCAUCAACAAAUUGUUUAUUAUAUUCAUUAUCCGGAAAAUUAUUUCGACGGAAAUUUAUUUCACUUAUUAAAGGAAUAUUUACAUGUGGCCGAGGGGUUUUCUGGAAUGUUAAACAAAGUUCAUUAAUGUUACCAAUGGCAAAUAUUGAAUUACAACCAUCAAAUGAUCCAUCAACUGUUGUACAUAAUGGUAUUUAUUCACGAGUUGAUACUUAUCGACAUUCCGAAUUAUUUUCAUCAAUACAAAUAAAUAAAUUAAAAAAAUUAACAAAAAAUAAAAAAAUCGUAGAAGAUGAUGCAUCAUCAUGUGUAGUUCGAAUUAGUGAUGAACGUAAUGGUAGUAAUGAAACUGAAUUAGAAUUUAUUAAAAAAAUUCGAAUAUCAAAUAAAAAACUUAAACGACCACAAAAGUUUAAAACAUUCUUAAUUGAUAAAGUACAAUUUUUAAGUUCAACAGAAUCAAGAAAAGAAAAAAAUAAAUUAAAAACAACUGUUCAAAAAAAACGACAAUUAAAAGCAACUUUAUCAUUAUCAUCAUCAACUGGUACGGCAGCAAGUAAUGAAAAUAGUCUUUUAAGACAACAAUUAAAUAAUCAACAGCAUGUACUCAAAAUUGUUUUAGUCAAUACAGAUGAUAAUCAAACAAUAAAUAAAGAAUGUGUUCUUCAAAAUGUAACGACUUUGUGA